GGUGGAGCGUGCCCUAGCUGCUGCUCACUCAAGCUGGUAGUAGGAGCUUCAGCUCAACCCCAUGCUGUUGAUCCUCCUCUUCAUCCUCGCCCUAAUCUUUUCUCCUUCUUCUUGCGAGAUAAUCUUUGAAGAGCGAUUUGAAGAUGGCUGGGAGAGCCGGUGGGUGAGAUCAGACUGGAAAAAAAGUGAAGGCAAGGCUGGCUCCUUUAAGCACACUGCGGGAAACUGGGCUGGUGACCCUGAUGACAAAGGGAUUCAGACAUACCCAGAUACUAGACAUUUUGCAAUAUCCGCAAAAAUUCCAGAGUUCAGUAACAAGAAUAGAACAUUAGUGCUACAAUACUCCAUAAAGUUUGAGCAGGACAUUGAAUGUGGCGGUGGUUACAUCAAACUUCAUUCCGGUUAUGUCAACCAGAAGAAAUUCAGCGGUGAUACACCAUACAGUUUAAUGUUUGGACCUGAUAUAUGUGGUACCCAGACAAAGAAGCUUCAUCUGAUAUAUUCAUAUCAGGGACAGAACUAUCCCAUCAAGAAGGAUUUGCAGUGUGAGACGGACAAAUUGACACACUUUUACACAUUUAUCCUUAGACCUGAUGCCUCUUACAGUAUCCUGGUUGACAAUCGAGAAAGAGAAUCUGGAAGCCUGUAUACUGAUUGGGAUAUUCUUCCACCUCGUAAGAUCAAAUCUGUUAAUGCCAAAAAGCCUGCAGAUUGGGAUGAUAGGGAAUAUAUCGAUGAUCCUGAUGAUGUUAAACCUGAGGGAUAUGAUUCUAUUCCAGCUGAAAUUCCUAACCCAAAAACCAAAAAGCCUGAUACAUGGGAUGAAGAUGAAGACGGAAUAUGGAAGCCACCAAAGAUCCCAAAUCCAGCGUACAAGGGGCCAUGGAAACCAAAGAGGAUAAAAAACCCCAACUACAAGGGAAAAUGGAAGAUUCCCUGGAUCGACAAUCCUGAAUUUGAAGAUGAUCCCGACUUCUAUGUGCUCAAACCUGUGAAGUAUAUCGGAAUUGAAGUAUGGCAGGUAAAGGCUGGCUCAGUUUUUGACAAUAUCCUUAUAUGUGAUGACCCGGAAUAUGCUAAACAAGUUGUUGCAGAGAUUUGGACGAGAAAUAGAGAGGCUGAGAAGGAGGCCUUUGAGGAAGCAGAGAAAAUCAGGCGAGCAAAGGAAGAGCAGGAAGCUCAGAGGGCAAGGGAAGAAGGUGAGAGAAGGAAAAGGGAGAGGGGACAUGAUCGUCAUUAUCAUCGGGACAGGGAGAGAUACAGGGAUAAAUAUAGACGGCAUCAUCACCGUGAUUUUGAUGAUUAUCAUGAUGAACUGUAAGAGCUCCUGGAGUUGAAAAUGGAAAAAAUUGGGCGCUUUAAAUUUCUGUAUUUUAUGGCUGAAAAACCAUUUCAGCCUAAUUUAUGCUGCUCCACUCUUUAUGAUGCGCUUUGGAAUGUAUAUGCUGAAACGCUUGGAAGUCGAUACAUUGGGAGGAG